CACUAACAAAGACUGCAGCGGUGCGGCUUGGUGUCUCAUCAGAAAUAUUUCAUCAACCAUAUUGGUGGCAAAUAUGUCUAUCAGAAGCAAUUUCUUUAGACUGUUAAAGAACCAAGUCGGAACCUCCAACAACACGCAAAAUAGGUGGACGCAUUCUGUUGCUGUUAUAGGAGCUCCAUUCUCCAAAGGCCAGAAAAAGAGAGGUGUGGAGCAUGGACCAGCUGCUAUAAGAAAUGCAGGCCUUUUGGAAAGACUCUCUAAAAUAGGAUGUGGCGUAUAUGAUUUUGGAGAUUUGAACUUUCCCCAAGUUCCUAAUGACAUACUUUACAAUAACAAUGUGAAACAUCCUCGUACGGUGGGACUUGCUUGUCGGGUGUUGGCUGAUGCAGUAAGCAGGGCAAUUGGUGCUGGACAUACCUGUAUAACCCUGGGAGGAGAUCACAGUUUGGCACUGGGGUCAAUCAGCGGCCAUGCUCAACACUGUCCAGACUUGUGUGUAAUAUGGGUGGAUGCCCAUGCAGAUAUCAACACCCCAUUGACAAGCAAAUCAGGAAACCUUCAUGGCCAACCUGUAUCAUUUCUACUCAGGGAGCUGCAGGAUAAGGUCCCACUAAUUCCUGGAUUCUCUUGGACGAAACCAUGCCUUUCUAGGUCUGACAUCAUUUACAUUGGUUUACGGGAUCUUGAUCCAGCAGAGCAGUUUAUUUUGAAGAACUAUGAUAUUACAUAUUAUUCAAUGAGACACAUUGAUUGCAUGGGAAUACAUAAAGUUAUGGAGAGGACAUUUGAUCAGCUACUAAGCAGGAGACAGAGACCUCUUCAUUUAAGCUUUGACAUUGAUGCAUUUGACCCAUCCCUUGCUCCAGCAACAGGAACUCCAGUUAUGGGAGGAUUAACUUAUCGAGAAGGUAUAUACAUCACAGAGGAAAUCCAUAACACUGGGAUGCUGUCAGCCAUUGAUCUUGUAGAAGUGAAUCCAAUUCUUGGGGCCACAUCUGAUGAAGUCAAAGCAACCGCCAGCCUAGCAGUAGAUGUAAUAACCUCAUGUCUUGGCAAAACAAGAGAAAGCGGUCACACAAUUAUAGGUGAACUACCAACACCCAACACAACAUAUGAAAUAGACAACGAAGAGCAAGUGCGGAUUUAGUUAUGUUACUGUUACCAGCACUGUGCAUUCCUGGACUAUAAUAUAGCACUUAAGUAUUUAAUAAUGGACCUUUUUUAGUAUCCAUGUUAUAUUGACCAAUUAUUGCCAAUAACAUGAUAAUACUAAGAACACAAUGUGUUUAAGGUAUCAUUUAUCGUGUAACUGUAAAAGAACAGUAUGGUUUUAUAUUUAUUGCUUUGAGAAAAGGUGCUCCUCCAUUCAGUUUCCACUGAGUAGUGCAUGGUUUGGUUUGUGGCAGCCCAAUAUAAUUAUGUUGCGUUGUGUUCCUUACCUGUUCCUCUAGUCCAGAUCUUUCAUUGUUUGGCUCCUAGUAAAUUAUUAAAGACCCAGAAGGGCUGGUUGACCCCUCUUGAUUAGUUAUUUAAAUCGCUAUAUAAAUAAAAGAAUAAUAAUAAAUUGGUGAAAAGUCAAUUCAUGGGAGAUGGUGUCUAAAAUAUCCCACCAUUAAAAAAAAAAAAAAAAAGCAUAUUCAAAUCCCUUAAUAUUCUACUACUAUAGCUCAUGUUAUACACAUUAUUUUAUUUGACUGGGGAAAGAAUUGUGCUUGACUGGGCAUUUAAUUCCUGAAAAUAUGUUAUAGUAAGUACACCAUAUUCAUAUUAUGUUGCUCCAUAAUAUAAACAGAUCUUUGUUUAGAGACAUAAUAUUUGUCAAUUACACUUUCAACCUAACUAGCCAAGUAUAAGCAAAUCUGUGAAGACACACAUUCUAAAAUCUGAGAAGCAGAAUUCAAUCUAUUAGAUAUAUGAGGGUAUUUUGUCUUGCAUUGUCAAUCAAGGCCAAUGAUGGGUAUAAUUAAGUAGAUAAACAUAAGCCUGGAUUUUUUUUUUUUAUUAAGGGUCCUAGGGUUGAUGCUUAAUAUGGAAAUUAUAAAAAAAGAAUAUGGGCUUGACACGAGAAGAGCAUAAUUUAGAUAAAUUAAAAUUGGAUGGGACAUAGGUAAAAAGGAGACUGCCUUUAAGACCAUCCCUUUUGUCUCCAACAACACUCCUAAAUAUAUGGCAUUUAAGGGACAUGACUAGUCUGCUUGUUGGAAAAAAAACAGCCAUGUGUAUCACUGUAAUAAUUUUUCUCAUACUCAUGCACGAGAAAAUGCAGUGUAUAUAAGGCCAUAAAAUGUACACUGUUUUUAAGUGGGAUCUUGUUUGUGAUAAAUAUGUAUUGGUCACUUCCACUAUGGCUUUCUUAAACAUAUCAUUUCUAUUUUAAUUUUGUUUUUAAUAGCAUGUAAAGUUUGAUUGUGAUAUGACAAUAUGUAUAUGUAUCAACUAUAUUUUAAACUUUAGUCUUGUUAUAUUAUGAUCAAUAAACCAAUGUAUUAUUCAUUGUUUCAA